CCAGCAAAUCCGCCGUCGGUUGAUGCUCGUGAGGGAGUGAGGCUCGUGAGGGAGUGAGGCUCCUUCGCCCCUUCUGGGUUUCUGCUCAGCCACUGGCACCGGCUGUGCAUGAAAAGGCAGAAUCCAACCCCUCAUGAUGCCCUCAUGAAAGAAUCAAUAAUUGGUGGGCUUUUCCCUAACCAUCGUGCACCAGUUUCAACCGUCUUCAUCGACGCAUUGCUGCCGAUUCCAAGGUAAAUCAUGUUUCGUCUGCUGUUAGUCAUAACUCUCCAUGAUUCAGCUAGAGGCUUCAGCUGAAUCGCCAUCGGGAAAAUGGCCGAGGUAGGCGUGGCAGCCUCACUCAUAGGCAUUGCGACUUUCGGCAUCCAGCUGACCACCACACUUUACAACUUCGGAGCAACAGCUUCGUCUGCUAGAGAGCACACAGAUUACAUCGCUCGCCAUGUUGCGCUGUACGCCGACGUGUUGGAGCUAUUGGCCCGACGGAUCGACGAUGACGAGCCAAUCCAUUCCCAUAAGGCCCUUGAUCUUGACGAUGAGAUCUACGACCAAUCUCAUGAGCUUUUUGAGAAUGUUAGGAGCCUCCUACCUGACAGGGCGGACAAGAUCAGUUUCAUGCAAAAAAUCAAGUGGAACUUUAAAAAGACGAAAGUCGAUCUGCUCGUCAGUGAAAUCGAGUACAUGAAGACCACAGUGAGCCUCCUAGUGAAUAUUCUCUAUGCAGGAAAGAAACUACGAGCCUCUAAGCGCAAGAGACGGUCGAAGAAGGCGGGAACCGAUGCAAAGCUCCAGUUCGCCAAGGCGCAAAAUGCCAUUGUUGACCAGAUGAAUGCGGCGACCACCAAGGAACAGUUGCAGGCCAAGGUUGAAGAAGACGAUGAGGAGGUGGUUCACGUGUUGACGGACAAAGGUGGACAGCGAGUCUCAUCUGCCUUAAUCAAGCACACUCCACAGAUUACUCACUUCACCAACAACGUCGCUCUCGUUCACUUCAACGAGUCGUUGCGACAAGCUAAGACUUCGUCCGAGCAGCGAGCUCUGGUGAUGCAGAAUUCUGUCAACCUAUUGAAGGAUCUACUCGACCAGUGGACAACAUUGGCGGAAGAAACCAAUCAUGCGAACGAGGAUGUCAGCAAUGCUGCCAGAGACCCGGAACCAAGCCCUUUCAGCGAAAAUCCGGGACGGCAAAGCAGCGGCAUGAGAAGCAAGUCGGCUAACCCUGGAGACGCCUUGAGCAGCCACGAGCCCUUGGAACAUGCGACGACCACAUAUGGACCAACGGCUAAUCUUCCAGAUACGCGGUAUACGACUUCCAUCGCAGAGAAGUACGCCGCCUCGCAGAAGAAGAUAAGAGACCUUGAAGACCAGUUGGCAACAUUGAAGAGUGAGAAGAGCAGAAUGGAGGGAAAUGAGGAAUUUCAUGGAGUAGGGGUGAUGGAUCCCUAUGAGAAUCGAGAUCCCUACGAUGGCAAACCUCAGCAACCAAGCGCCCAGAAGCAUGUCUACUAUGAAGACCAAGUUCCUCCGCCACCUGAAUCAUCCGAGAAACUCGAAAAGCCUAUCAAAUCAGCUUCGUACCUCGCCGCGGAUUGGGCAGCCAAGCUCAAGGCUCAAGCGGAAGAGAGCCGAGCCAGCAGAGCGGACGAAAGGCGAUUGGCCAGGGAGAAGUGGUGGGAAAGAACUGAGAAAGCUCAAAAUGGAAGACCCGCAAUCAUUGGAGAUAGAGACAUGGAUGACAUAGAGAUCCGGGCAUAUAUGAAAAUCGCUCAACCGAAGACUCGCCCUUACUCCGAUCGUCCUGCAGAAAGAUCCCGAAUAUCUCAACGAACAGACAGAGCCCGAGCCCUGGAUGAGGAGUGCAUUGAUGAAAGACGGGAAAGGUAUGACCGAGAUUUCGAAAGGCAUCAUCAAGAGAGCCGAAUUCUUAUUGAUAAGGCAACAACUCGUCCCAGCUUAGAACGAGCUGGACCAGACGCCUAUAAGUAUUGGGCCGCGUCCAAACCAAGAGGUGGCCGUGAGAGCAGUUCUGACAACAAAAAGAGACCUGUUCGCGAUGAAACGAGAACCCCGCCGUUCACGGAUAAAUCAAAGAAGGCCUCGACGAGAUGAGCUUCAAGCGCUUUCUCAAUGAGAGCCUAAUCAACACCUUCAGGGUAGUGCAGUCGAAAGCAGCCAUCAUUUUCGAAGAGGAGGACGGAUCUCUUACUACGGAGUAUCUCUGAAGGGGACUGUUUCUGUUCCAUAGAAGGCAAGUCAUUCCGGGAGAGGAUCCAGAGAGAUGGGGGGCUGAUGAGAAGGGACUAUGGGGAGUGAUCGUGGCAUCGGCUCCCGAAGCGGCGGCGUUUAUUAAACCCCCUUCGAUUCUCCCACUAGCUGCUUCAAAUAUGCAUUUCCAUCACCUGUGUCACGAACGUCAAGACACCAGAGUCUGGAGCAGCUGGCGACCGGUAUAGUUAUCGUGUACCGUUUGCAUACGAGGCUUACCUCCUUUUGCUUCGAGUCUUGUUACGACAUGGAGAGUCAAGGAACGUACAUCUGCUUAGCUCUUGAUUAUUCGCUU